AUGGCCCUACAGGCUCCGCUGUCUCAACUUCCCGUGAGUGUCACUUUGCUGGCUGCCUACCGUCCAAUGCUGACUAUUCGGAUCUUUCAGAGCCUGUCCGCGUUCGGCCCAGACAUCCUCCCUUCACUCACUACUUCUCCCUUGGCCGCUAUUCGCCGCCAUCGGCUUACGAGCCGACGAGCAGAAGGAAACGUUCCGGUCGCACGAGAGAUACAUUCGUCUACGAAACAACUCAUUCCCGAUUUCAUGGCGGCUGUGCCGACAAGCAGCUUGCGAGCGAUACCGCUUCAUGUCGAUCCUCGACGAGCACUCCCUUCAAUGUCACCCAGCCUUCGUUUAGCCAUAAUGCCAUAUCAAACUCCUCUGUCAGUCCUUCGGAGGUCACUCUCGACAAGUGCGCCACGAGUAUCGACUCCAGCGACCCGCACGCGAUCGAUGCAUACAACCCGCAACAAUUCGAGCCUGACAUCCCUGUUGUUUGGUUCUCCGCGCAGGGGAAGUCCGAGUUUUGGAAGCCCAGCUAGACAGUUCUCUAUGUCGUUCCAACCCGCCAACCAGAACAUGCUCGCUCAUGCUGAGCGGACUGCCAACAAUAACCCCACUAGUGCCUCGGCGCAGACUGCUUUCUACUCGGCUUUGCUGCGGGCAAAUAUGCCAAAGAUUGUCAUUGAAAGAUAUCAGUCCGGUCGCUAUGCUUCAAGUCCUGCGGCAGAUGCUUCGUAUCUCAAGGCUUUGCAGAUGACUGGCUCUGUGCCUGCUCCUGGAGCCAAUGUUCCAACUGGGGCAAUGGCGCAAGGUGGCGGACUCAGCCCGGAGAAAUUGCAAGCCGUUGGUCAUGCAGUUGCUGGACAGAACUAUGGUGGACAAAUGAUCAUGCCCGGUAACAAGUCCGGCACCGGCGCGAAAGAGGCACCUCUUUACGUGGUAGUGGAAGAAUCGUGGGGCGCGACAAUUCUCAAAUGGGUCCGAACGUUCCUUUGGGUUGGUCUUGCUGCAUAUUUCCUGUUGGUUAUUCUCACCAUGGUCGUCGAAUUUACUGGCAGUUUCCGAACCCGCGUCGGACAGAAUAAUGAAGUCCAGCCUCAACAUCAGACAGUUCGUUUCAACGACGUUCACGGGUGCGACGAGGCAAAGGAAGAACUACAGGAACUGGUGGAGUUCUUGAAGAACCCCGACAAGUUCAACCGACUAGGUGGUAAACUGCCCAAAGGUGUACUUCUGGUUGGUCCUCCUGGUACCGGCAAAACCAUGCUUGCUCGUGCAGUUGCCGGUGAAGCCGGAGUCCCUGUGUUCUACAUGUCUGGAUCCGAGUUCGAUGAACUGUACGUUGGUGUUGGUGCGAAACGUGUUCGAGACCUCUUCGCCCAAGCGCGGAACAAAGCCCCAGCCAUCAUCUUCAUUGACGAACUCGAUGCUGUCGGAGGAAAGCGAAAUGCCCGUGAUCCGGCAUACGCCAAACAGACACUCAACCAACUGCUUACCGAAUUGGAUGGCUUCAGUCCUAGCACCGGAGUCAUCCUCAUCGCCGCCACAAAUUAUCCGGAAUCCCUCGACAAAGCACUUACUCGACCUGGGCGUUUUGAUCGCCACGUUACGGUUCCUCUGCCAGACGUUAGAGGCCGUAUUGAGAUCUUGAAGCACCACAUGAGGAACAUGCCCAUUGCCGCAGAUGUUGACGCCACCAGCCUCGGUCGCGCAACUAGUGGAAUGUCUGGUGCCGAACUCGAGAAUCUGUGUAAUCAGGCCGCUGUGCAUGCAUCUCGAAUGAAGUACAAGAAGGUCAAUGCUCAGAACUUUGAGUGGGCUAGAGACAAGAUCUUGCUCGGUGCCGAGAACAAGUCCAGACAUAUCCGAGAAAAGGACAAGGUGAUGACUGCAUAUCACGAAGCCGGUCAUGCCCUGGUCGCCCUUUUCACCCCUGGAAGCAAGGAACUGUACAAGAUGACCAUCGUCCCGCGUGGUCAUGCUCUCGGCGUGACCCAUCAGCUCCCUGAAAUGGAUGCUGUGAGCUAUGCCUACGACCAAUACCUCAGCGACAUUGAUGUAUCGAUGGGUGGACGAGCAGCAGAGGAGUUGGUGUAUGGUCCGAACAAGGUAUCGAGUGGUAUUGCGUCAGAUGUCCAACAAGCGACCCGUGUUGCCUAUCACCUUGUCACCCAGUUUGGAUACUCACCGAAGCUCGGCAAUGUCGAUCUGCAUUCAGAUUACAACAACCUGUCGAGCGAGACCAAGCAAGAAAUCGAGCGGGAAGUCCGUGAAAUUGUGGAAGGUGGACGACAGAGAGCAGACAAGAUUGUCAAGGAAAAGAGAAAGGAAUUGGAAGCUUUGAAGGAUGCUCUUCUUGAGUUUGAGACACUGGAUAAGGAAGAAAUCUUGAAGAUUCUGCGGGGAGAGAAGUUGAAGCGACUGGAAGUUCAAUUACAGGAAGAGGAGGAGAAGAAUGACAACAACAGCGGUGGUCGAGGCAGCCCUCAGCCCAAGAAGGAGAAAGAAGUCGGUCCUAAAGGUGGCGUUGGGAUUAAGCUUCCUGACGUUCUACUUCCACAAGGUGGUCGGGGGGGCGAACAGGAGAGUGCACGAGUAUCCGACCGAUGA